ACUGAUCCAAGUUAGGAGGUUUCAGCUGCCAGCCUUGGCCCAUCAUGUAAGUGCUGCGGAGAAUUCUUUGCAGUGCAAUUGCAAAAUUAUCUCUUUCCUGACGCUUCUGCAGGGUGUGCAAUUGUAAUAUCGCUCUUUGCACGGAUACACACGGUUCGGACGCAAAAAGGCUCCAAGUGCAUGAAGAUCGAGGCUUGUAUUUUGCAUCUUUGUUGCAAAGCAAGCCGCUGAAGCUCCAGUGCGAGGGCGAUGGAGGGAGGGAGUGAGAAAGAAGGCAAAGUCUUUUGUGCUUCCCCUCCCCCCCAUCAAAGCAAAGGGGAAAUGUCUCAGCCAAAGGGAGGUAAGAGGAAGCCGGUGCUCAAGCUCUCCAAGGAGGUGUUUGAGCAGCCUCCUCCUACUGCAAUACCCCCCAAUUUGGAUUCGAAAGCUUGUGUAACCAUCGGAGAGAAGAAUUUUGUGGUGAAGGCAGAUGACCUGGAGCAGAUCGGUGAGCUGGGUCGGGGGGCGUAUGGCGUGGUGGACAAGAUGAGACACGUGCCCAGUGGCCUGAUCAUGGCUGUUAAGCGGAUCCGGGCCACAGUGAACACUCAGGAGCAGAAGAGGCUGCUUAUGGACCUGGAUAUCUCCAUGAGGACGGUGGAUUGCUUUUACACAGUCACUUUCUACGGAGCACUAUUUAGAGAGGGUGACGUAUGGAUCUGCAUGGAGCUGAUGGACACGUCUCUGGAUAAGUUCUACAAGCAGGUGAUCGAGAAGGGCAUGAAAAUCCCUGAGGACAUCCUGGGCAAGAUGGCCGUCUCGAUAGUAAAAGCUUUGGAGCAUCUGCACAGCAAUCUGCAAGUCAUACACAGAGACGUGAAGCCCUCCAACGUGCUGAUCAACACGCAGGGUCAGGUGAAGAUGUGCGACUUCGGGAUCAGCGGCUACCUGGUCGACUCCGUGGCCAAGACCAUGGACGCUGGCUGCAAGCCCUACAUGGCGCCGGAGAGAAUCAACCCGGAGACGAACCAGAAAGGCUACAACGUCAAAUCCGACAUCUGGAGUUUAGGAAUCACGAUGAUUGAGCUGGCCAUCCUGCGCUUCCCGUAUGACUCAUGGGGCACGCCCUUUCAGCAGCUGAAGCAGGUGGUGGAAGAACCGUCGCCCCAGCUUCCUGCCGACCAGUUCUCCCCCGAGUUUGUGGACUUCACCUCUCAGUGCUUGAAGAAAAAUUCCAAAGAGCGGCCAAAUUACACAGAACUCAUGCAACAUCCCUUCUUCACCUCCCACGAGGCCAAAGAAACCGACGUGGCUAGCUUUGUGAAAGUCAUCUUGGGGGACUGAGCUGUCACACUUGCCACAGGAGGGAGGGUGGACCUAUUUAACAACAACAAAAAAAAGAUAAAAUAAAGCAAACAAAAGUACCCAUUGCAGCCCAUGUUACCUGCGGGACCCCCAUCCUGCCCUGCCCUACUCCCACCCCUCCCUCUAGGACAGACAGACAGAGCUCAGAGGAGAAGAACGGCCAUCCUGUUGAGGAAGCAGGAGCGAGGAGUUUGCCCCCCUCUCCGCCCUCCCGUCACCACUCCCACCCACCCUCCCAGCCUCCCUCGUGUCCUCUUUACAUUUUGGGAUUGCGGGGGGAAACGGGAGGGGGGACCGGCUUCAGGUUUUGGAGAUGGCCCACACCUAAUCCGGACAAAAUUUGAAGAUGUCUGUAUGCAAAAAAAACAAAACAAACAAACAAAAAAACCUCCCCUAUUUCUUUAGAUGUGUCCCACCUUUGUGCACCGCCUACUACUCAAACAGCAGCUGAUAUUGUUGCUGUUUAUCAGUGAGUUGACCACGUGUGGAUUUGACCUUGUCAUAAUGGUUGACCCUAAGAUAUUUGUUUUUUUUUUCUGCAAAAAAAAAAAAAAAACAGGAGUCAAAAAGAGGUGCAGACUAUAUAUAAAAAAAAGAUGAAUGAUAUAAUUCUAUCUAUGUAUAAUCUAAAUGUUUGUAUACGCAAGCAAGUGUUGCAUUGGUUUAUUAAUUGACUGCAUGUACAGAAUAUAUCUCUGGGUAAAAUGGGCUCUGAUGGCCAAUGAGGAACAGUUGUAGAGUCCGACUCGGUUGAAUAGUCGAUUAGUACAGACCUGGAGACUUGCGGCCUCACUUUGGGCCCACGGCGGUCUGAAGUAGGUACUGCACUUCAACCGCUUUCCCUUGUACACAACAGAGGUCUACUACACGUUUUGGGCUCUGGCUGCCUGUAUGCAUGUGUGUUAGAGUGUAUGUAUGUAUGUGUGUGUGUGCGUGCGUGUGUGUGUGUGUGUGUGUGUGUUACAUACAUUUUCAAGUGAGGUGUACGUUGACAUUGUGGUCAGUUGCAGGAGAGGCGCGCCCAUAUAGUCGCCUCUUCUUGUUGUCUGUACUGAGCCAAUUACAACCCCUCUCCACUCCAUGUUCAAGAUGAAAAGAACUGGACAUUAUUAUUGUUAUUAUUAAUAAUAUUAUAUUAAUUAUUGUUGUUAUUAUUUAGAUCCAGGUUUAUUUCCCCACGGAUUAUUUACUGCAGUUUCCUUAUUUAUUACAACUGCUGUUUUCCCUCUGAAAACUUGACGGAUCCAAUAGAGACUUUUCUUAUAUGUGUUUGUGUGGGCUGUGUAUGUUUUUUUUGUUUUUUUUUUUUUUUUGUCGUGUCAUUCCCUGGCUCAAACAGGUAAAUGCUUUUAAACUGUAACUUGCAAGCCUUCUAUGUGCCUCUCUAUAGUAAAUGACUAAGGAUAUUAAGUUGUUUUAAGGAUGAUGCAGGGAUCUCUACCAACCUCCCUCUCUCCAGUCAGCCAAACUUCACAUCAGCUCCUUCCCCAUUUACGCUCCGCAGGACAAAUCCUGAUUCCACUUGCUGUUUGCCUGUGUUACUUCCCGUUUCUCACUGUCGGGAUGGUAGACGGGUUAAGAUACCCUAGCGCAAGGCCACAAGGAUUUUUUUUCCCUUACAUACAUCUGCUCUCAUCUCUGCCGUUGCCUUGGUUCUUUUGGUUCUUCCUCACAGGCCCGUGGCAGAAAGUAUCAGGCUGCUCGCAGGGAGAGCCAGGCCGACGCCUUUGUGCUGUUCUCUCUGUCAUUAUGCAAGUACUACACUCUGAUGUCAAAAUCGGAAACUUGAAAGAUGUGGUUGAAUGGCAGGGUAUUGUCACAGUUGGAGAAUUUACAUCACUCUCUGCCUCUAAAUAUUUUGUUGCUAGGUUAUCACUUGAUGUUUUCCUGCGCUCAUGUCCAAAUGUGACCAGUUUCGUCUGGUCUCUCCGGCUGCGCUCGGAUUGUAUGUUUCUCACCACACUAAUACUUAAACGCCUGGUUCAUUCGUCAGUGCUUGUAUCAGUAUUUUUCAUACAUAUAUAGUGAUUCCCCUUCACCCCCCCUCAAGCAUCUGUGCUCCUUUUCUGCCACCAUCGUAGUUCUUUUGUCCUGAGUCCAGUGUAGUGCGCUCUGUCAUUUUCAUGGAUUUACAAGGGAGUUUCCUGUUUUAUGGAAGAUAUGAAUACCAGCCCCCCCUCCUCUUUCACCCUACACAACAAAUCCUCUCCCUGCUAGGGCCCAGGUCCCACGGCCUUUGGCAUACUAUCCAGCAGAUAACUGAUGGAGUUCCUCGGGUGUUACUAGAAGAAGACCGGCUGGCUCAUGAAGCUUUUUUCCUUCUGCUUUGCUGUCAUUUUGCUUUCCACCACAGCUCUCAGUCCCUUUCUCCACCCUUACUUCCUCCUGUCAUAUUAACAGAGGUUUCAUCACUCGAGAUGUCGGCCGAUGACACGUGGAGGCUGCAAUCACGCUUUCACCUUCCUUCUACAAAGGGUACAUUUUUGCCACUUUCCUAACUCUUUUCCAGUAAUGCUGGAAGGGUGUGACUAAGGCAGAGUGUAGUUGGUAAACUUUCAGACAAACUCACUGCCAGUUGCUAUUAUGAGGACAUUAAGGGCUCCCUCAUUACUGCAUUUCUGCCCCAACCAAAAGGAGUAGGCUCUUGAGACCACUGGAAAACUUUUCAUUACAUUAUUAAAUUAGGGUUACAUGAAAGAAAGGACCACCACAUUCAAAGGCAGUGUGCCCAGGUUUAUGGAUCAUUGCCCAUCUUUUUCAGUUCUGACUUGGUCCAUCAUUAUCAGUCCUUAAGGCUGUGACAAGCAGAGUACAAGCCACGUCUCUAAAGAGGCCCAGGCUCCCCUUUAUUCCUCAGAUAAUCAUCAUCGUUUUCAUUCACUUAGCCAAUGUGACCAAAGAGCUGGACUAUAAAAGCUGUAGGGACCACAUGGAGCUGGACUCAGGUGUGCAGCCCUCCUACGGCUAACACAGGUGAUGAGCACCGCAGAGAGUACAGUCCAGACAAAUUGACAUAUUGAAAAUAAUGGGCUACUCCCCUUUGAUCCAUCACCACAUGUACGGUCUCAUAGCAGUAAUUAAGGUGUGAAUAGCUUAUAGGUCUUACAAGUGCCUACCAAUGCAUUUCUGUGGUGUACAUUUACAUAGGUCAUUGUGAAUGAUGCUAAACACUGUUUUGUUUUUGUUUUGUUUUGUUUUUAAUCUUUCAAUCCCUCUCUGGAACACACUGACACGGCAGGUUGGUAUGAUGAAGUUUUGCACUGUAUUGUGGAGCCAUAUCACAUAUCACAUACACAGCGGGUGUCCUACUGUAUGGAAACGCUAGUUCAUACUCUGUAAGGUUGCAGUCUUAUGUGGUCACUGUUUGAGCUUAUGCGGAGCAGGUCCCAGUUGCAUUUUGGGAUUUAUGGGAGCUUGGAAUUACAAGAUUCAACCUGACUUUUGCUUUCUUUCUUUUUUUUUUUUGAAAUAUUAUUUUAAAAGGUGCACUAUGCAAAAUUGAGGGUCAUUUGAAGUGAGGGCCGUGAAGACUCAACUGACAAAAAGUGGAAUAAGCCCAUCAGUGAAUAAGGUGACAUUGAAAAACAUGAAUUGCAUGCUUAAUCCAGGAAUUUUGUCAGAUGAGUCUAAACAGUCCCCAGUCUACUAGUGCACCUUUAAUGAAAAUGGAGUUAUCGUCAUAUUUAUUUUUUUCUGAAUGUUUCUGUGUGCUUCUGUGGAGUUUUUCUUUUUUGAUCUUUUGGGCUUAAUUAUUUAAAAGUAAGUAAUUCUCAUUUUUGCCAGAUCUUUGUUGCUCAGUAUUUCAGAGAUGCACUCUACCCAGACAGGACUGUAUGAUUCCAAGCUCACGCGUUAUCAAUGUAAUCGCUUCACUGCAGCGAAAGGCACUGAUAUUUAUGGUCACAACUGACUCCUGUUCGAUAGAUUAAGGCUGUAAUGAGAAUAGAGAGUUGAGUCCAGUCACCUGUCACAUGGCUAUUUCUUGUGUGUGCAUGAUCCUGGAUAUGUGUGUGUGUAUUUGUGCACGUGUGUGCGUAGCUUGUGGCCGUUCAGUGUUUGAGAAGUCUAUUCCAGUCAGUGGGCUGGCCUGAGGGAAGUGCUAUCUUUACCCCUGCUGUUCCUAUGUUCACGCCACUCACUUGGAAGAUAAUAGGGCAAGUCACAUGGCUACGUGCGCUCUCUUUCUCUCAGUCCCUGUCUCACACACACACCGCCCGUCCCUCCAAAGAUCCCAAGGGAAGCAAACCUGCAUCCAGAAAGGUGUUUGUUUCCUGCCUCCCUCUCAUGUCAGGGUCUGUGUUUGGUUGCGAGGGUGACCGAGUGCGAGCAUUUUGUAUUUGUGCUUGUGUCUGCGUGUGGGAAUUCCUGUCCAUGUGUCUAUUUGUGGAUGCGGGCCACACUCACCUGCUGAGUAAACCUCUGUCACUGGGGGUUAACAGGGGCAAGACGUGAGUGGAAACUGUCCUUCCCAGCUGCUGUCACAUCCCACUCAGAGUUUAUCUAAGUGCCCAGCAAGCAAGUAUUAAUGGAUGAUAUUUCAGUAACAUGGAUGCCCAAUUUACCGGAAUAUGAGGCCUCCUUAUCAAAAUAGCUCAUGACUCUAGGGCUUCAAGGUGACAUGGGAAGAUGUACGUGCUUGCUUGGGAAGAAUUGCAGGAAAAAUUGCUCACCUUCUUCCUCAUCGUCAGACAUCUACCAACAGACGAAUCAAAAAUACAACGCAGCCCAUGUAUGAGAAACGCUAUUGCCCUUCCUUCAGAGUUGUAAAUCUUUUUAUGUGACAUAAUUGUGUUAUGCAUUUGCCAGACUAUAUCAAGUGUAAAUCUGUUGUACGUGUGCGCGUGUUUACGUGUGAAAUGUUUGCUAAGGUUUCUUGAAUACUAUGCUUUGUUUUUACCCGACUAUUGCACAACACUCUUCGCUUGAAUGUUCCUGGAGGAGCUGCGGGGUCUGCAGCGUCGCCGUGGAAUAUGACAUUAGUUGUGAAAACUUGGAGCUUUAUGUUUUCUCUGUUGCAGAUGGUUAACUGCUGGUACACACAGCUGUAUGUGACUUCUGAUGUUGCAGUGUUGUGUUCUUUUAUUAGGGGGUUCAAGAGGAAUGUGUCGGGGCAGGAAUGGGUCCUUACACUCAAUGCUGACUGGUCUCAGAAUAAGACGAAUCCAGAGAUGCUACUGUAUGUGAAAGAGGGUCCGAUAAAGUGUGUUCUCUUUUGUUGCUGUUGUUGGGUGGGUUUGGGGAGGGUUACCAUGGCUACAGUUCCUUGCCCCACGGGAAGUGAAGUUCUCAGUAUAUUUACACGUCUCUAAAGCCUCUGCUAAAGACUGAUGACUGUUCAUUUAGAGCUCAAUGAAUUUCUAUAAAUAUUUUAGAUUGCUCAAACUGAUUGUGUGCAAUUGUAAUGAUGGAAAUUCAAUAAAAAAGAGGUAUUUUUACACAAUAA